UUACAAAGCUGUAGAUGGUGGGCCUUUUAAAUACGGCAAAUAUGGGCAAAUUCAGAUGGAAUAGUUGCGCAGUUUUUGUAAUUUCUGAAAAGAGUGAUGCUGAGGUCGGGCCUGCGCUGAUUCUGGGCGAUCUGGAUCUAACUACUGACGAGUUCAUUUUGGAUGAGGUGGACAUCCAUAUUCAAGCCAACCUAGAAGAUGAGCUGGUUAAGGAGGCUCUGAAAACGGGUGUUGACCUGCGGCAGUACUCCAAACAAGUGGAAACUGAACUGCAACAUAUUGAACAGACCUCAAUCAAAGACUAUAUCAAGGAGAGUCAGAAUAUCGCAUCACUGCAUAACCAGAUAACAGCCUGUGACUCCAUACUGGAGCGUAUCGAGGGCAUGCUGAGUGGUUUCCAAAGCGAUCUCUCCUCCAUUAGCAGUGAGAUUCAGACUCUACAGCAGCAGUCGGUCAGCAUGAGUCUGCGUCUGAAGAACCGACAGGCUGUGCGCAGUCAGCUCAGCCAGCUGGUGGAUGAGCUGGUUGUGCCCAGCAUCAUGAUUUCCGUGAUUCUCGACAGUACCGUAACUGAGCAGGACUUUCUGGAACAGUUGCAUGAGCUAAACAAUAAGAUCAACUUUGCUAAGGAGCUGAGCUUCAGGGAGACGCUCGCCUGUGCAGACAUACAGGACAUCGUCGACCGCCUCAAAAUCAAGGCUGUGAGUAAGAUCCGUGAGUUUAUACUGCAGAAGAUCUACUCAUUCAGGAAGCCCAUGACCAACUACCAAAUCCCCCAGAACACACUACUCAAAUACAGGUUCUUCUACCAGUUCCUGUUGGCCAAUGAAAGGACGGUCGCCAAGGAGAUCAGGGAUGAGUACGUGGACACAAUGAGUAAGAUCUACUACAGCUACUUUAAAUCUUACAGCGGACGACUCCUCAAAGUGCAGUAUGAAGAUGUAGCUGACAAAGAUGACCUGAUGGGUGUGGAAGACACGGCCAAGAAAGGGUUCUUCUCCAAGCCGUCUCUGAAGAGCAGGAACACCAUUUUCACCCUUGGCCAGCGGGGGGCAGUGCUGAGCCCUGCAGAGCUGGAGGGCCCCAUUCUCAUUCCGCACGCUGCUCAGCGGGGCGACUGCAGGUACCCAUAUGAGACACUCUUCCGUAGCCAGCACUAUGCAUUGUUGGAUAAUGGAUGCCGGGAGUUCCUCUUCCUGUCAGAUUUCUUCAUGGUGGCGGGAAAUUCGGCUCUGGACCUGUUCAACAGCGUAAUGGGCAAAACCCUCAGCAUGUUCCUGAAAAACAUGUCCACCUAUGUGUCAGACUGUUACGACAGUAUUGCUGUGUUUCUGUGUAUUCAUAUUAUCCUCCGCUUCAAAGCCAUCACAGCCAAGAGGAACGUCCCUGCUCUAGACAGGUAUUGGGAGGCCGUUUUGGAGAUGUUGUGGCCGAGGUUUGAGCUCAUUCUAGAAAUGAACAUCCAAAGUAUCCGUAACACAGACCCUCAAAAACUGGGAGUGUUGGACACAAGGCCACACUAUAUUACACGUCGCUAUGCUGAAUUCUGCUCUGCCAUAGUCAGUAUAAAUCAGACGUUUCCCAACGAGAGGACCAAUGCCCUACUGGGACAGUUACAGAUUGAGGUGGAGAACUUUGUGUUGAGGAUGGCUGCUGAAUUUCCUUCUAGACGUGAUCAACUCAUCUUCCUCAUCAACAACUACGAUAUGAUGCUGGGUGUACUUAUGGAAAGGGCAUCUGAUGACAGUAAAGAGGUUGAAGGAUUCCAGCAGCUCCUCCUGGCAAGAACACAGGAGUUUAUUGAGGAGAUCCUGGCCCCUCCAUUUGGAGGGAUGAUCUCGUUUGUGAAGGAGAGCGAGGCGCUGAUGGAGAAAGGGCAGCUCGACAAACUGAAGAAUGAUGAGGUGCGCAUUACCCAGCUGGUGAGGGGCUUUUCCAGCACCUGGAAGCAGUCGGUGGAAGCUCUGAGUCAGGAUGUCAUGCGUUCCUUCACCAACUUCAAAAACGGCACCAGUAUCAUCCAGGGGGCGCUCACACAACUCAUCCAGUACUACCAUGGCUUCCAUAAAAUCCUUUCCCAGCCGACCUUCCGCAGCCUGGCUGCACGCUCUGAGCUCAUCAACCUGCAUCACCUCAUGGUGGAGGUGAAGAAACACAAACCCAACUUCUAAAAGCCCAUCAGGAAAAUCGAUACGCAACAAGUAUGUGGGGGAAGGAAGAGAAGGGCAGAAAGAACGUUCUAGCAAUCUCUAGGAGCUGAGCAUUCUCCUACUAAUGUGUUCUGUCAUUGUGACGUGACUGACCUUUCCAUUCCAAAAUACAACAGACCAUCUUGUCUUGGGCAGGAGACCCCUGACCAAAAACCACAAUUGUUAAUACUGCCCAGGCUUUUUUUUUUUUUUUUUUUUUUUUUAAAAGAAAAAAGUGACCAUGGUGUGAAAUGUAUUUCCUCUUGUGUGCACGUCUUGCAGUCUGUGUUGUGAAUCUGCUGACUGGAUGGUGAUCUACAGGGUCUAAAUAUAAAGGGUUUAGUGAUAGUGCAAAUUGGAGCCUAGGGUUAGUCUGGAAUGGAACAAAGCAUUAACUGAAAGUUUAGUGAAGUCUAUGUAUUCGUGAUCUGUAGUCUCACUAGAGGGUGCAGUAACUAUUAUGUCUGCAGUUGUGACUCCUCGCUCAUGUUUACAGUGUGUGGCAGGAAGCUUUAAUCGGCUGGGAGCAAUAAACACUGUCUGCUCAUCGGAAGGUGGCUCAACUGA